UGAGAUAUCCCAGAAUGUUCGCAGUCAGAAGAGCUUUGCGUCUUUGCCAAAGUGUGGCAAAUGUAAGUGUCUCGCGACGUGGAUGCGCUGGUGCUGUUGAAGUAGACGACAUCGUGAACGGUCUUACCGAGGAGCAGAUGCAGCUCAGACAAACAGUCCAGAGAUUCUUCCAAGAGAAGCUUGCCCCCCAUGCUGAUGAGAUUGACAAGAAAAACGAGUUUCCUCGCAUGAGGGAGUUUUGGAAGGAGAUGGGUGAUCUUGGACUACUUGGAAUCACUGCUCCAGCGGAGUAUGGUGGAACGGGAUUGGGCUAUCUCGAUCAUGUGAUUGUUAUGGAGGAGAUGUCCCGAGUGUCAGCUGCUAUCGCACUCAGCUAUGGAGCACACUCUAACUUAUGUAUAAAUCAGAUGGUUCGACAUGCAAACCAGAAACAGAAAGAGAAGUACAUGCCCAAGUUGAUGACAGGGGAACAUGUGGGAGCCUUGGCCAUGAGUGAGCCCAACUCUGGCUCUGACGUGGUGUCCAUGAAACUGACAGCAAGAAAAGAAGGGGACCACUAUGUGUUAAACGGUAAUAAGUUCUGGAUUACGAAUGGGCCUGAUGCAGAUGUUCUGAUUGUGUAUGCAAAGACAAACCCAGAGGCAGCGGCUCGCGGGAUCUCUGCUUUCAUCGUAGAGAAGGGUAUGCCAGGAUUCAGCACUGCACAGAAGCUGGAUAAACUGGGAAUGAGGGGAUCCAAUACCUGUGAACUGAUCUUUGAGGACUGCAAGGUUCCAGAGGUAAACAUAUUGGGCCCUUUGAAUAAAGGGGUAUAUGUCAUGAUGAGUGGACUGGACCUGGAGAGGCUCGUUCUGGCUUCUGGACCCGUUGGCAUCAUGCAAGCUGUGCUUGACCAUGCAAUUCCCUAUGUACAUGUUCGGGAAGCGUUUGGGCAGAAAAUUGGCCACUUCCAGCUCAUGCAAGGGAAGAUGGCUGAUAUGUACACAAGGCUUAGUUCAUGUCGGCAGUAUUUAUACAAUGUCGCCCGUGCUUGUGACAAAGGCCAUUUCAGUGCAAAGGACUGUGCUGGGGUAAUCCUUUAUUGUGCUGAGAAUGCGACUCAAGUUGCCUUGGAUGGGAUUCAGUGCCUUGGUGGAAACGGUUACAUUAAUGACUACCCAAUGGGCCGCUUCCUAAGGGAUGCUAAACUUUAUGAGAUUGGAGCUGGCACUAGUGAGGUCAGAAGGAUGAUCAUUGGCAGGGCCUUCAAUGCCAUGUUCAAAUAGGAGUCACCGAUAUUAAAUUCUGCAGAAUAUAGGGCUGUGAAUUAUACUGUCACAAAAUGACCCUGUGGAAUACAUUUUCGUUCACAUGAGGAUUAAUGUGCUUAGUCAAGAAGAAUGAAGCUAAACUAUAAUAUGUACUUGUGUACGUUUUCUUUGGACUCUCUGUACAUACAUGAUGCAGUGGUCACACCCACGAAAAAUGACAAUGCAUUAACAGGAAUUUUAAUGCUCAACCUGUAAUUGAUUUUCAAAAGACAGACCCCGAAUUCUUCAUGACAGACUAAUUGCACUUUGAGAAAAGAGCUUAUGGUGAUACACACCCAGGACAAUACAUUUUUUCCCUAGAAGUGUGUCUGGGGUGUUUCUGUAGCACAUGUGCAGGUUAUUGUCUUGUUACUUUUUUUUCUUUCAAAACAUUGUCAGUCUUGACAUGUAAACUGUUUUGCAUGUAUCCCCUGCCCUCCUAUAAUUUAAUCUUUUUGGGGGCUUUUUCUUUUGUGAUGAAACAUGCUUUGAGCAUAUUUAUUGCAGUGAAUGUAAUUCAGGCAUUCUUUUCCAGUCAUUGUAGGCUAUAUUAAAACUCCACAUUUUUUUCAGAAACCUGCCUUAUGGAAAAUCAAUUCUUGUGAAAUGCAUCAGAUUUUAACAGAUUUUGUUUGUUUGUUUUAAUAAUGUUUAGAAUAAAGAACUCAAAUCCU